UAGGGGUGGUAAGGGGGAAGUGUGUACAUAAUCCCGAAGGUGUCUGACAUCUACACUUUUCUCCUCACUCCUGCUGGGUCAAUAUGGCUUGUUGCACGUGGCGGGUGGCGAUCACCUUUUUUCUUGCGACUCUCGUUGCCUCCCACAUGAUUGAUGAGGGAGGGCGCCAGAUGGGCCCAGUAGACGGGAAAGAUUUCUUGAUUGAUGAGGGAGGGCGCCAGAUGGGCCCAGUAGACGGGAAAGAUUUCUUGGUUCCAGAUUUCAUAGACACAAACCCCUCUGUGAUAAAUGGCCAGCCAGUCUUUGAGGGGGACAUCAUAUUGACGGAGAACCAGUGGGCGGCUGUCAGAGCGAGGAAGGGCCUUUCAGAUCUCACCAAGCGCUGGAGUGAAGGAUCAGACGGCUAUCCUGUUGUCCCAUACAGAUUCACGGACGAUCGCCUUAAUAAGAACGUCAUAAAGGCCGGGAUGGAACACUGGAUGGAUCACACGUGCAUCAAGUUCCAAGAAACCACAAACACCAACCAGCCUCAUCUGAUGUUCCUUUACGAGAGCGGGUGUUGGUCCUGGAUGGGCAUGUUAUCGCAGAAUGGACAAAACGUCUCCAUCGGGGAAAACUGUGAUAGUCUCGGCACUGUCGCCCACGAGGUCGGACACGCCAUUGGGUUCAAUCACGAGCAGUGUCGCCCGGACAGGGACGAGUACGUGGUCAUCAACUGGGACAACAUUCCAAGCCCAAGGCAAUACAACUUCGCAAAAGCUUCUGCAUCGGAGUUCGAUAACCAAAAUGUGCCUUAUGACUACUCUUCCAACAUGCAGUACGGCUCCACGGGCUUCACAUCAAACGGCAAGACAACAAUCGCCACUGUGGACCCUCUAACGCAGGGACUCAUAGGCACGGGCGAGGUGCUUUCUCAUCGCGACAAACAUCUGGCCAACAUUAUGUACAAGUGUAUUGACAAGUGGCUUGCAAAAUGUGGGCAGAGCUCGGACACUUGCAAGAAUGGUGGGUACUUUGGAGUUAAUUGUGCAUGCGUGUGUCCACCAGGCACCGCAGGCACCGAGUGCGAACAGAAGACAGGAGGGUAUUACGAUUCGUUGCUGAACUCCUGCACUGAAAAGGUCACUACGCAGGGCACGCUGACUUCCCCUAACUAUCCCUCCAACUAUCCAAAAGGUCAAUGUGUCAAGUGGAUCGUGGCCCCGGAGUGUCACGUGCCUAAGGUGACAUUUACCGAUUUCACUCUUUGCGAGAGACAUUCUUACUGCAAUAAUAAUGAGUGCUGCUACUUUGACGCAUUGGAAAUAAGGACCACUAGUAUGACCAACGGUGACGUGUACUGCGACACGGAUAUUGUAAACGGCCAGAGCUUCACCGGCACGAGCCGCGAGAUGAUCCUUUAUUUCAGAGCGAAAAGCUACUAUUACCGCAAGGGAUGGUCUGCUAAUGUCACCUUUGUAAAGCAAGACGGAUGCAAGUAAAGGACACCAGACAAGUCAAGGAUGGCCAAGUGGCGGGAGAAGACAGCCAUGAAACUGCAAAACAAAAUCUAACCAAAAAAUAAUUACAAGCAAGACACCAAA